AGAGAGAAGCUUCUAUAUCCACUCCGAAAUUACUCCCUCCACUCUCGCACCAUCACUCAUUGGCUGUCCUUCCACUAAAUUCCAAAUUCUACAUUGCCAGCCCCCACUGGAAGAUUCAAUAAAUGACUGGAAGCGGUAACCUCGUGCUCCAUAAUACUUUUCAUGGCUCCAUACGGUAGAUCUGAUCAAGAAAAGGUGAAAGGUAAUUAGAAAAAUUAAGCUUGUAACUUUUGAUCAUAGACGAAUAUGAGAUAUGGGUCGUGGAGUUAGCAGCGGUGGAGGGCAGAGUUCAUUGGAUUACUUGUUUGGUUGCGGUGAGGCUCUAAAACUAGCAGUGGGGAAAGCACAAGCUGCAUCGAGUGAGAGUAGUGUUGCUAGUAAAGAACCUUCGCCAAAGCCUAAUGCCGCUCCUAAGCCAGUAGACGUUAGCAAGCAGAUUCCUGCAGGGAUUCAUAGUAGCACCACCAACAACUACGUCAGAGCAGAUGGUCAGAGUACUUGCAAUUUUAUCACGGAUCGACCAUCAACUAAGGUUCAUGCUGCUCCCGGAGGAGGUUCUUCUUUGGGUUACCUUUUUGGUGGCGGCAGCGGCAGCAGCAGCAACUAAGCAACAGCCAGGGUCCUGCAGCCGGGAUCGCCAAAGUGUGUUUCGAGACAUUUAUUUGUAAAAAUGUGGCAGCAAUAUGGUAUUUUGCCGUCUUUGCUGCAAGCCACGUGGGAUGUUUCUGUUUAAGGUUUUGGGUUAUUUGUUUGUAAAUGUAGCAGCAAAUUAUGGUAUUGCGUCUCUGCUGCAAGAGUUGUCAAUAGUUUUUCUACAGACAGAUAUGAAUUCGUUGGUAAAUUUGAAGUGUGAAUCGCUACA